CGGUAGCGUUGUUCUCAGAAGAAAGAGCUACACAAAAGGAGGAAGAAGGAAAGAAGGAAUGCAUAAAGGAAUAAAGGAUAGAAUAAAGGAAUAAAGGAAUAAAGGAAUAAAGGAAUAAAGGAACAAAUCUUUGAGUAGAUCAGCCACUUUGUGCAGAAUUCGAUCCAACAUGCCCAAAGUCCCGGGAAGAGGAAUCCGAAGGGUGUUCUCACGCCCGGCCUGUGUGGAACAGUGCAACCCCACCCGUCAAAUGGACACUGAGUGUAGAGAACCAAAGGACGAAGAAGAGGAGGAGGAAGGACAGGAAGACGAGAAACAUGAUGAUGAAAUUGAUCCCAAGAUCUGUGCUCGCGAAUGCAGCUGCUGUGAUACUGAUGAGGUAGUUCCAUGGGAAGCUGUAGACACCGAACACUUGGAGGUGUCGAGGAUUGGGGGAGUUGAAGUUGGGGUGCAUGAAGAAAGCUGUGGUGGUGGAGCAGCAGCAGCAUCGUCUUUGGCUACGGAAGAACCACAGAGGAUCGGGAUCGGGAUCGGGAUGAGAAAGGUUUCAGCUGAGGGACCUGAGACAACUGGGUCUGAAAAGGCGUGGUGGCGUCGCUGCAGCACAAGCUUGUGGCUCUUCCCGACCAAGAAGGCCCUACUAGGGAGACGGCGAGGCCAACGAGGUAAAGGGCAAGACAAGCCCUCAGACAACCCCUCGGUGAGGUCUGAGGAGUGGACUGUGCAAAACUCUCCUUCGUCUUUGCGGCUAAUCAUGAUUCAUAUUCUUUUUGCUCUUCAGUCUCUCAUGACACGCUUUGCUGCAGGCCUUGCAGUGCUGCUACUCGUUGGCCUCGCCGCUCUUGCAACCUUCGUCAGUUCUAGGGGAUGGACGGGUUCAUCCUCCUCUUGGAGGGACAUGCUGCUAUGUGGCAAACCAUUCCUGGACAGGCAGAACCCAGGGGGGUUUCUCGUUGGCAAAGUCGGUGCUUCGUCUUCCUCCUCCUCCUCCUCCUCAUCAUCAUCAUCAUUGUCCUCCAUCUACUCCACGGAGUUGACAGCUCUUAUGGAAAUUGGGGAGAUACGUAGCAGAACUGUAGGGAAGCUGGCAAGAGAGGUUGCACAAGCUCUGAUAGAGCUGGAGAUGGUGGAGGCGUCCAGUAAGGCACAGCUUGCAGAGAAGGCUUCUUUGAAUGAAGCAUUGCGUGCAGAGUUGGACAAUGCGAAAAAGCGCGUGGCAAAGGCCAAGAGAGGCGCCAAGAAAUUGAGAGAUGAGAGGAUAAGAUCCGAGGUCAAGCUCACCCAAUUGCACCAAGUUAUGGCUGAAAUAGACGACGCACACAGGGCUGUGGACAUGUGGCCGGUUGCGCAAGCGGUGGCAUUCCAAUCCCUUGCAGCUCCUAUUCAGGAAUCUGUGAAUGCCAAAAACUUGUCGUUGAGCAUGUCGGAAGUCGAUUGCCUUUCGUCAAGGGGUUCACAGGUAGUAGAUGCUUCUGCACUCUUAUGUUCUCCCUGCGUAUCAGGCGAUAACGGCCCACUACUUUUCUCCAGCGAAGGUUCAUCCAGCAAGGCUACUGGAACAUUUCUUCCCAACUCCAACUUCGAGACUGUUGACGGAGCAGAACUGACCACAACAUUCACUUCUUCUUCGUCUUCUUCAGCUGCUGCUGCUGCUGCUGCUGCUGCUGGUACUUCCUCGGCUUUCUUGACCAUGGGAGAGACGGAGACACAUGAGGAGACAGAAAAGACAUCACAGAACUACGAAAAUGAGAUUCUUGCCUCCCACGAGAGAUCUGAUGACUUGCCUCCCCCUCCUGCAGUUUGUGCCAGGUAUUGCUGUUUCAAUUGCUCUGUGGUCCUGUUUCCUACGCAACCACAUGGGUUGUUCCUUGGAGACAGCUAUCCAAUGAACGAGGCAUAUCCGAGGGGCCACACUUACCGGGCCAAAGCCCACAAUGGCUCCCUCUACCUUGUGCAAUUUGACUGUAUUCCGGGGAUUCAGCGGCUGGGCACCUUGCCUUACUUCUAUCCCAACCACCGGUUUCAGUGCAAGUCCAACGAGUUGUCAAUCCGCAACCCGCUGGCCGCCCAAGCGCUGGCGGAAGACGCGGGUAUGUCAAAUAUUCUCAUCAGGUGUUGGGAGGCCUAUGUGGAAUCAAUUACACCGAGGCCGAAGGUCCCAGUCUCGCAGAAUGCUCUUUUCAUGGAGUUGGUUCUGGGCAUUCCACUACAGCAGCUAUUGCCCCGUCCACUUCCAACAGCCAUUUCGUCCCAAAUUCUCGAGUCCUUUCAGCGGAUUCCGGACCAAAGCAUUGUGGCAGCAGCCAUCUUCGAUCUGCUCUUCCACAAUUGCAAACGAUCGGCGGCAAAUGUGUUCAUCGAUGAUAACUUUGACAUUCAUCUUCUUGGACAUGAGCACACCUUUGGAGUCGCCGGAUGCUUCCUCGACUCAAUCUUCCUACCCCAGACCCCUCUGUUCCAUCAGUUUGACAAAAGGUACCGACCGGCAUUGGACUACAGGUGCCGUGUAGAAGGUGGCGAGAUAGGCGUGAAAUUCCCACCAAGGGUGAGGGAGUUUCUGGUCAAAGUCAGCAACACUCAGCCUGAAGACUUGAGCAGGAUGUACGGAAUUGCUAACAGCUUCCUUUCUCGCAAGGUGAAAACCAUGGCGAAGAUCAUGCUUGCCCGUGGCUUUGAAGAUGCUUUAUCCAUCACCACAGAGAGGGCGAGAGCUGCCGAUGAAAAACUUCUCUCAGAAGGUAAUCCACCUGAGACACUACAUCUGAAGUUCCACCAACUUGAGGAUCCUCUUUGCAUCACCUAGGGAAAACUGAAGGACGUCCCUAGACACGCAACUUCUUGCAUGAUCGACAUGGGGCCGUGCAGACAUCCAGAUGUAUUCUGACAGGGUAAUCGUUCUGUGUGGUUCACCUAUUACGAAAUGAGGAUGCACCUGAACAUGCAGAUGGCCACUUGCAUGGUCAGCACAAUGGCAUGCAGACGGCUAGGUGCGUGGUUGGCGUUGUGAUGAGCAGAUGGCCAGAUGUAUUCUGAUGCACAUUGCGGUAGUCACAAACUUCGACUGUAUUGAUGAAUGACUCUCCCUGAAAGCAAAGUGCCAUAGCAAACACCAGGAAUGGAGAAGCGAUGUCUCAUUCUCUCUAUUCACAGCAACAGUGUCUCUUCAAGAAGUGCUAGUACUAUGAGACGAUAACAGGCUCAACAGCUGUACUGUGAGCCCCACAUUUAUCAUACUUCUCCUGUGGUUGGGGGGUUGUAAGUGGGCUCUCAGAAGGAGAUAGUUCCUUACUCCUCCUCUGCCUCUGCCUUGUCCUGCUCUUAGUAAACCUCCAUUUCGACC